GCCCGCGAUGUGCCACUCGGCGCCUCCCCCGCCGGGCCCUGGUUGCACCGCGGCCGGGCGGCCCUGGUAGCCGGCGAGCGGCGCGGAAGGGGAGCGCAGCGCGCGAGUCUCAUUGUUGGGGGGGGGGGCCCGUCGGGGCAUGAGGGCGAGAGCACGGCGGGGGGGGGCGGCCAGACAGAGCGAGCGAGGAGGAGGAGGAGGACGCCGAGGAGGAGGAAGGAGGAGGCAAAGAAAAGAAGCGGCGACGGCGGCGGAGGAGGGGGCGAGGAGGCGCGCGGCCCCCGCUCCCUCCCUCCCCCCCUGACCCCCGACCCCCGCCGGCCGGCCCCCAGCCCCAGCCCCGGAGGGAGCUCAUGGGAGUAUGAAGGAGAUGGUAGGAGGCUGCUGCGUAUGUUCGGACGAGAGGGGCUGGGCCGAAAACCCGCUGGUCUACUGCGAUGGGCACGCGUGCAGCGUGGCCGUCCACCAAGCUUGCUAUGGCAUCGUCCAGGUGCCAACAGGACCCUGGUUCUGCAGGAAAUGUGAAUCUCAGGAGCGCGCAGCCAGGGUGAGGUGUGAGCUGUGCCCACACAAAGAUGGGGCAUUGAAGAGGACUGACAAUGGAGGCUGGGCACAUGUGGUGUGUGCCCUCUACAUCCCGGAGGUGCAGUUCGCCAACGUACUCACAAUGGAGCCCAUCGUCCUGCAGUACGUGCCUCACGAUCGCUUCAACAAGACCUGUUACAUCUGCGAGGAGCAGGGCCGGGAGAGCAAGGCGGCCUCGGGAGCCUGCAUGACCUGUAACCGCCACGGAUGCCGACAAGCCUUUCAUGUUACCUGUGCCCAGAUGGCAGGCCUGCUGUGUGAGGAGGAGGUGCUGGAGGUGGACAACGUCAAGUACUGUGGCUACUGCAAAUACCACUUCAGCAAGAUGAAGACAUCCCGGCACUCCAGCGGGGGAGGAGGAGGAGGAGGAGGAGCAGGCGGCGGAGGUGGCGGCAACAGCAGCGGAGGAGGAGGAGGAGGAGGAGGAGGAGGAGGAGGAGGAGGAGGAGGAGGAGGAGGAGGCAGCAGCGGCGGCGGCGGCAGCAGUGGGGGUAGCAGCGGUGGUGGAGGUGGCACAGGGGGAGGCAGCGGCGGCAGCUUCCUUAGCGGCAGGAGAAGCCGGUCAGCCUCGCCAUCUACCCAGCAGGAGAAGCACCCCACCCACCACGAGAAAGGCCAGAAGAAGAGUCGAAAGGACAAAGAACGCCUUAAACAGAAGCACAAGAAGCGGCCUGAGCCCCCCCCCAGCAUCCUCGCCCCGCCUGUGGUUCCCACUGCUGAUAAGGUCUCCUCAGCUACCACUUCGUCCCACCACGAGGCCAGCGCUCAGGAGACCUCUGAGAGCAGCAGGGACUCAAAGGGGAGAAAGUCUUCCAGCCAUAGCCUGAGUCAUAAGGGCAAGAAACUGGGCAGUGGGAAAGGUGUGAGCAGUUUUACCUCUGCCUCCUCCUCCUCUUCCUCCUCCUCCUCCUCUGGGGGGCCUUUCCAGCCUGCAGGUUCAUCUCUGCAGAGCUCUCCUGACUUUGCAGCAUUUCCCAAGCUGGAGCAGCCUGAGGAAGAAAAGUACUCCAAGCCCACGGCCCCCACCCCGCCGGCCCCACCCUCGCCCACGGACCCCGAGCCCCCAAAGGCCGACCUCUUUGAACAGAAAGUCGUCUUCUCCAGCUUCGGGCCCAUCAUGCGCUUCACCACCACCACCUCCAGCUCCAGUCGGGCCCGGGCCCCCUCACCUGGAGACUAUAAGUCUCCCCACGUUUCAGGGGCCGGGGCCUCAGCAGGCACCCACAAACGGAUGCCUGCGCUGAGUGCCACCCUUGGACCUGCCGAGGAGGCGCCUGAGACGGCCCUGAAGGAGAAGAAACACAAAGCCAGCAAGAGGAGCAGGCACGGGCCAGGCCGGCCCAAGGGCAGCCGAGGCAAGGAAGGCGGAGCAGGCCCCACCGCCUCCCUCCCCUCCCUCCCCGCCGCCCAGCUGGCUGGCUUUACUGCCACGGCGGCCUCCCCCUUCUCUGGGGGUUCCCUGGUCAGCUCCGGCCUGGGGGGUCUGGCCUCCCGGACCUUUGGGCCUUCAGGAAGCCUGCCCAGCUUGAGUCUGGAGUCAUCUCUGCUGGGGGCAGGCAUCUAUACCAGUAAUAAAGACCCCAUCUCCCACGGAGGAGGGAUGCUGCGGGCUGUCUGCAGCACCCCUCUCUCUUCCAGCCUGCUGGGGCCCACAGGGACUUCAGCCCUGCCCCGCCUCAGCCGGUCCCCAUUCAGCAGCGCCCUCCCAUCAUCCUCUGCUUCCAUCUCCACCACUCAGGUGUUUUCUCUGGCUGGCUCAACCUUCAGCCUCCCUUCUUCCCACAUCUUUGGAACCCCCAUGGGCACUGUUAACCCCCUCCUCACCCAAGUGGAGAGCAGCCACACAGAGCCAGACCUAGAAGACUGCAGCUUCCGGUGUCACGGGACCUCCCCCCAGGAGAGCCUCUCUUCCAUGUCUCCCAUCAGCAGCCUCCCUGCGCUCUUCGACCAGACGCCAUCAGCGCCCUGUGGGGGCGGCCAGUUAGACUCCACAGCCGCCGGAACAGCCAACAUGGAGCAGCUGCUGGAGAAGCAGGGUGAUGGAGAGGCUGGUGUCAACAUUGUGGAGAUGCUGAAGGCCCUGCAUGCACUGCAGAAGGAAAACCAGCGGCUGCAGGAGCAGAUCCUCAGCCUGACAGCUAAGAAGGAGCGACUGCAGAUCCUGAACGUGCAGCUGUCCGUUCCCUUCCCUGCCCUGCCCGCUGCCCUGCCGGCCACUAACGGCCCUGUCCCCGGGGCCUAUGGACUGCUUCCUCCAGCUGGCAGCAGUGACUCCCUGAGCGUCGGCAAGAGCCCACCCGGGAAGAACAGCCUUGGCCUGGACAAUUCCCUGUCCACAUCUUCCGAGGACCCACACUCAGGCUGCCCGAGCCGCAGUAGCUCAUCGCUGUCCUUCCACAGCACGCCCCCACCGCUGCCCCUGCUCCAGCAGAGCCCCGCUACUCUGCCCUUGGCCCUGCCCGGGGCUCCAGCCCCGCUCCCACCCCAGCCACAGAAUGGGCUGGGCCGGGCACCCGGAGCAGCGGGGCUGGGAACCAUGGCCAUGGCUGAGGGGCUGUUGGGUGGGCUGGCGGGCAGCGGGAGCCUGCCCCUCAAUGGGCUUCUGGGAGGGUUGAAUGGGGCCGCCGCUCCCAACCCUGCGGGCUUGAGCCAGGCUGGCGGGGCCCCCACGCUUCAGCUGCCAGGGUGUCUCAACAGCCUGACAGAGCAGCAGAGACAUCUCCUUCAGCAGCAAGAGCAGCAGCUCCAGCAGCUCCAGCAGCUCCUGGCCUCUCCCCAGCUGACCCCAGAGCACCAGACUGUGGUCUACCAGAUGAUCCAGCAGAUUCAGCAGAAACGGGAGCUGCAGCGGCUGCAGAUGGCGGGGGGCUCUCAGCUGCCCAUGGCCAGUCUCCUGGCUGGAAGCGCCACCCCUCUGCUGUCCGCGGGCACCCCUGGCCUGCUGCCCACAGCAUCAGCCCCACCCCUGCUGCCUGCUGGAGCCCUGGUGGCCCCUUCACUGGGCAACAAUACAAGUCUCAUGGCUGCAGCGGCUGCGGCCGCAGCGGUGGCAGCAGCAGGCGGACCUCCAGUCCUCACCGCUCAGACCAACCCUUUUCUCAGCCUGCCCGGGGCAGACGUCAGUGGGAAUGGCCCCAAAGGAGGGACCGCUGACAAAGGAGCCUCAGCCAGCCAGGAAAAAGGCUAAACUCUACCCUGCCCCUCCUGACCCCUACAUGACUCGAGGGUCUUUGCCUGGAGUGGGCACCUGGGCCCAGACUCUGGAGAGCUGGGCCAAGAGCCUGUGCUGAUCCGCAGGGAGUAUGUGCCUGGAGUUCCAGGUGCUGAGGAGAGAGACUGGAGGGAGCCCUUCCACCUGCCCACCCUCCUCACUGCACUGGCUGCUUCAGAGAGGAUCAGGGGAGGACAGGCUCCUAGCCUGCCUAGGAGACCCCAUCCUCCACAGAUGCCUAGGGGCCCCCAAAGAGCAAAGUAGGUCUUGGCAUAAGAAAUGGAGGGUUGGUUGGACCUACCACAUAAACCAAUCAGCACUUGAAUGAGGAAGGUGAAGGGUGGGCCCCCAGGCCUAUCCCCGCGUGGAAAUUCCUUAUGGAAAAAGGGCUGGUCCCACCCGACCUUCAGAUUCUUCCCAGCAGAAGGGAUGCAUCCCUUUGACUGUUUCUUAUCACCCCUCCCCGCUGAGGGUCACAAGCUGAGCUUGGAAAAGCCUACAGAUGCGGGGGGGGGGGGGGCUGAGGGAGGGCAGGAGAGCACCUCUUGGGACCCCCCCCAUGGGGCUUGGCGGGGGGGUGGGGGGUUUGUCCCCUGCUGUCCUUGGUGUCCUGCCUCUUUUUGCACUAUUGGCUUGAGGAGUGCUGAGGGUGGGGAGAGGGAGCUGCCUGACUCCACAGAUCGUGAGUGUGAAUGAGAGUGUGUGUGUGUGUGUGUGUGUAUGUGUGUGUGGUGUGAGAUGGUCAGUCUGUUUAACCUGUCUGUUGAUUCUUCCUCUGGACCUGGGUCAGCCGAGGGCAAGGGCAGGAGUGGCCAGUAUGGAGCAGGAGCUCCUGGUUCCUGUAUCCUCUCCCCUUCACUAACUCUGGUCCUUUUCCAGGGCAUGAAUGGUUAACUUAUAUAUUAAAAAAAAAGAAAAAAAGAAAAAAAAACCAGACCAGUACUCCAAUAUUGGAGAAUUCCUAGGGGCUGGGGGCUCUGAAUCAGGGUAAUAUCCUACCUUCCCUCCCCUGGACCCCACUCCAUCUCAGGGCCCCCCUCAGGGCCUCCUCCUCCCCCACUGUUAGUUUGAUAGGUCCUGGCACAAGAGAGUAGGGGAGGGUAAAGUGCCACUUCUUUUUAGCAAAAGUCUCCCUCUCCGAAGUAGCUAGCCUGCCUCUUGAGUCCUUUCACCAGCUGGCAGAGCCACUUCAGCUAACCACUGUCCCUUCACCCACCAGCUAUUUUCCAGGGUGUAGUAAUAGGUGGCAGAGACUUUCUGCCCAGGGCGGGAAUGAAAGACGUUAAGUGGGACACGGAGGGCCGCCACGGAGGCCUUGUGUCCCUUUUGGUUGCACUGACUGGGACUGAGGGUCAGUUCCAGUUUCCCUUGCUCAUGUCUGUGGGUCUCUGCAUGUGUGCAUUUUGGUGUGUUUAUGUUUGAGUUUUGUUGUUGGGGGUUUUUUUUUGUUUUGCUUUUUUUUUUAAAUAAAGAAAAGAUGUGUAUAUUUUUGGCAAGAACAGAAACGUAGUGCAGAUAUAUUUUUUGCCUGUGCUGCUCAACUGUUGUUUUUUUCCCCCAUGUUCUGGGAAAUAACUAUUCCUGUUGAUAAGAUUGUAAGAUGUUAGGACAGGCCGGGACCCUUCAGAGGCAAACUCUUGGCACUUGGAAGGGUUUUGGGGGACAGUUGAGAUGACCUCAGAAAUACUCACUUUUCUAACUGUUUAAUAUUAGACAUCUUCAUCUUUUCAGCUCUUGUAGAGUACUUCUCUACAAGCUAGUGGUUCUUCGGAUUCUUAGACGGCCUUUUUAUCCAGGCCCCACAACCUUGCCCCACUCAGAACCAAGCACACUGUGUUGUGGUGUUUGAUAAGGCUAUCCCCUGCAGAGCAGGAGCUCUUGAGUGGCCUGGAACUCUGCUCUCAGCCCUUCCCUGAGUUCCUUUCCCUCCUUUGGGCCAGGACGCCCUAGCAGGUUAGGCUUGCUGAGUGAGGGCUCUGGGCUGGGUGGUUUGGUGCUGUUCCUCUUUUUGGGGGGUUAGGGGGGGAUUUUUCAAGACAGGCUUUUCUCUGUGUAGUCCUGGCUGACCUAGAACUGGCUCUGUAGUCCAGGCUGUCCUCAAACUCAGAUCUGCCCACCUCUGCCUCCCGAGUGCUGGAGUGAGAGGUGUGCUGGUGGUGCUACUCCAUGUACUGAGACUUGAGGAACGUUGUGACUUGGUUCCGCAUCGCAGGAUGAGUUAGGAGGAUCCUUGAGAAGGGAGCAGAACACUGCGAAAUGGCUCUGACAACCUCACUUUUUUUUUUUUUUUAAUUUUAUUUUAGACAAGGUCUACUCUUACGUAGCUUUGGUUGUCCUGGAACUCGCUAUGUAGACCAGGCUGGCCUCUGCCUCCUGAGUGCUGGGAUUAAAGGCGUGUGCCACUA